AUGAAUUUCCUAAAGAUAAGUCUUCCGGUGCAACACAGGACUGGGGAGCAGCACUGGGGUGUCCUCAACCCCUCCCUGGGCACAACCAGACCCCGAGGCAUGGCCACACCGUGGGACCUUCACCUGGGUGACUCCAGCAUGGGGCAGCUCAACCCUGUGGGCUGGGGGUGCUCCUGCGCAAGCAAUAAUGAUCCACACCUGUGCAAGUCAGUGCUGGGAGAGGCCAUGGCCAGCGCGGAGGGAGCGCAGGAUGGGCUGUGGGAGCAUUCGCUGAGCCCAGGGAGCCCCCAGCAGUGCCAGGAGAUGGGAACGGAGCCCUGCAGGCCCCCACCGCUGCCAGGGAAAGCUCGCAGGGCCAUGGCACGCUCCCGCUGCGCCAGCCUGGACCUGGGGGGCUCUAUGGCCAACACCCCCGUGUUGGACACCCUGGAGGAGCACCCACCUCGGAUGCCCACCUCAGCCCUCAUCUAUAGCAACGUGGGAGAGCUGCGUGCCCACCUCGUCCCCACCAAGGCCAGCCGAGGGGAUGGAGCCAGGAGAGCCUCCCCACAGCCCAGCUAUGACCCCCUGCCUCCCCCCUUGCCCCAAAAGCAGCUGCAGAGAGCAGAGUCCCUCCCAGAACAGGGCACAUGGCAGCCCUACAGCCGAGACCCCCCGCCAUGGCUUGGCAGCCCUCAACACAAGGACGGGGCACCCAGAAAGCCCCUAACCAAAUCGCAGAGUCUGGGGGAGACCCAGAGGGAAGUUCUGAAGCCCAACCUGUCAGAUCUGACAUUUGGGACAGGGGAUGCGGUGCUGGGACCAAUCCUGCAGGGUCUGGAGGACCGGACAGGGCUUUGCGAGGUCAUGGUGGGCUGCCAUGUUGCUGGCCUGGCCCGGCUUUGUGCCCGCACCAUGGAGGGGCUGAUGGGGUCCUGGGGGGGGCUGCAGGCCAAGCUGGCAGGGCAGGGCUGGGCUGCGCUCAGGGUGCUGCAGAGGGAGCCGUGCUGCCAGAGUGGGGACGCCUGGUAUUACCGUGUGGGGGUCACCUUUAGGAAAGAACAGCUGGAGCUCGCUGCCAAGGUCCUCAAGCCAGGCUGCUGCACCACAGAGAUGCAGAGCUCCCUUGGAUCACACUGCAGCAUCCAGCGCAUCAUCAGCUGCUUCACUGACCGCCUCCCAGGGGCGCUGGUGCUCCCAGGUCACCCUGGCGAGCAGGGACUGUCCCCAGACUGCCCUGCUGUUCCCCGUGUCCUGCAGGUCCUCCUUUCCCCAGACGUGCCCUACCAGACCCUGGCGGGGUUCGUGGAGAGCUCCCGUGCACUGCAUAGGAGCAGCCCUGGGCACUACGAGCGCCUGGUGUGCCUGCUCCUCCUGCAGCUGUGCACAGGGCUGGAGCACCUCAGGGUGCAGAAUGCGAGGCAGGGUGACAUCUGCCCUGAGAACCUGUUGCUGGUGCAGUGCCCGUGUCCCCCCGGCAGCCAGCAGGACAAGGAGGUGGCCGUAGGGCUGUCCCUUCCAAGGCUGCUCAUCAGCAACUUCUUCAAGAUGAAAGACAAGACCAGGCCUUGUUCCACCAGCCAAGAGUGGGACUGGACCAAGGGGUCUGCUGCUCUCCCCACCCCGAUGGCAGAUGAGCUGAACGUAGGCAUGCUGAUCUAUAAGAUCUUGCACGUGGAUAUCUCUCUGGAAAACACUUUGGACCUGAGAAGCAAUCAGCUUCCCGCAGUCCCCUCCCUGUCCAUCUAUUCCACGGGACUCAAGCAUUUGGCCACACUGCUUCUCCACCGAGAUCCGUGCAAGAGGGUCUCCAUCAAGGAAGCCAGGCACAUCCUGCAGGUCCUGCUCUGGGGGCCUCACCAGGAGCUCUUUGCUAAGAGCAAGAAGACGCUGGCCCUGCUCCAGAGCUGGCUGGAGAUGAAGAGGGCACUGCUGCUGCUGAAGUUGGCUGAGAAGGCGGCCGGGGGGGGCCCUGGCCUCGAGGAGUGGCUGUGCUGCCAGUACUUUGUAGAGGCCACCGAGCACACGCUCUACCAGGUCACCCAGACUCUUUACAUGCCAUAAAGACCAACCUGCCCAAGAAGGUUCCCCAAAGCCAAGAACCCAUGGAAGCUCCAGCUCUUAUCACCCCAACUAAAGCCGGUCCUGGCUGGGAAAACUCAUUUCCAAAUCUGAAACUGCUCCCACAUAGCACGUGAACAGACCUAAGCAAGCAAGGACCAAGCUCUCAGCGCAGUACCUUGGCUGCCACGAUGCAGAUGUGUUUUUGCAUCCUCAGCUGAUUUUUGUUCAGUGCUUUGAGUUUUACCAGCUUUACCAGAGCCUCUCAGCAAAGACAGCUGGAUGGAAGGCACAGGAUGAAGCCCCAGCUCAGCAGCUCAUCGCCCUGAGUUAAGGUGAAUAAAGCUCAGGCUUUUCCCAUAAAGCCUUUUCCCAAGGAAUAAAGCUUUUCCCAAAAAGCCUUCCUCCUGCAUGGCUGCUGUCACUGUUUUAAAUAACAAUACGAAGUCAUACAUUAUUGCUCACCAUAAGACGCACUUAUGGGAGGAGAAACGCAACCCAUCAUACAGCCCGUGUCCUUUUUAGGAACAGCUUGUGGCAGAGUCACAAAUAGAAAUGACAUCUCGGAGGAGGAAAUAAAGCAGCCACACAGCUUCAAUAAAACCCAGAGCUGAGCCUCUUAAA